AUGUUAAAUGAACAGAUCACUGGAUCAAAUGAAAGACUUGCGAACGAGAAUAUAGGCCUGACUAGAUCAACAUUACAACGUUCGGAGUCGAAACGUUGCAUAAUUAAUCCAACGAAGAUUAAUAUUUCACCUGAAGAUGCCUUAUUAAGAGAUAUAGAAGAAAUUUCGAUUGUCUGGCUUGAUUGUAAUAUUCAUCGAAAUGAAGAUUGUAUUUGUACCGAACUAGAACUACGUCGUCUCUUUGCCAAUGUCAAGACUUUCAAUGAUUUUGAGGAAUGUGUGAAUUAUUUGACAACUCUACCAAACAAACAUGAUCGCGUUUUUCUCGUUGUAUCCGGUGCAUUAGGAGAUGCACUUCUCGAACGUGUUGAAUCAUUAGACGCUAUCAUUUGGGUAUAUGUGUUCUGUAAAAAUGAAUCAUUUCAUAAUGAAUGGACAAAAAAAUAUGCUAAAAUUAGGGGUGUUUUCGUGAAACAAGAACCACUUUUUUGUCAGCUCUUACCUGAUAUGACUAAAUAUUCAGCUCAUUUAACACCAAUGCGCAUUUUUCAAUCGGAUGAGAAACAAAAAUCUAUUCACGACUUGAACACUCAAACAGCAUCAUUCAUGUGGUUCCAGUUACUCAUUCGAAUUAUACUUACUAUGGAAAACAAUCGUGAUGAUCGUGCUAAGAAAGAUCUUAUUGAUGUUUGUCGAAAGCGUUACGAAGGUAAUAUAACCGAACAACAGCGUAUAACAGAAUUUGAAAACAAUUAUAGAUCAGGCCAAGCGAUACAUUGGUAUACUAGAGAUAGCUUUCUUUAUCGUUCAGUGAAUAGAGCAUUUCGUACAGCAGAUAUUGAUAUCAUCUAUCAAUUUCGCUUCAUUAUUGCUGAAAUUCAUGAGCAAUUAGCGAGCUUAUCUCGUCCGUCUACUGCUAAUCUAGUAGUGUAUCGGGGUCAACUGAUUAGUACUGAAGAGAUGCGUAUAAUAGAAGCAAAUCAAGAGAAAGGUUUUAUAUCCAUGAAUACGUUUUUGUCAACUACCGAAAAUUGUGAUCAAGCCGUGGGCUUUUCUGGGAUAGGUACAGGUGUACCUGAAGGUUUGAAAUGUGUUCUCUAUAAAAUUACAAUUGGUGAAACACGUCAACCAUUUGCACGCAUUGAUGGUCUAAGUGCAAUUCCUACAGAAAAUGAAAUUCUAUUCUCGAUUGGAACUGUGUUUCGAAUUGAUAGUGUCGAAGAAUGGCCAUCUGGCUGGGAAGUCUCUCUCAACCUUACCACAGAAGUAGAGGAACGUUUCGAGAUGCUUAUGAAGCAUUUUCUCGAUGAAAUUGGUCAGAAACCUACGUUGGCGAUGUUAGGUAAAUUCUUGAUGAUGCAAGGUGACUACAAUCGUGCAAAACGUUAUUUCGAAUUUCUUCUCGACAUGAAUGGAUCCGACACAGAUGAUGAAGGACGGGUUAUUUGUUAUGAAUAUCUUGCUAAUAUUUCGGACGAAAAAGGUGAAUAUGAGAAAGCAAUGUAUUAUCAUCAUCAAAUAUUGAAUAUUCAACAACGUAGGCUGAACCCAGAUGAUCCGUAUUUCACUCAAAUUUACAAUAAUAUAGCCGCUACACAAAUGGCUCUAGGACAAUACGAUGAAGCAGCUAAAAACUUUGAACUUUCUAUCUCAUAUGAUGUGCAAAAUCAGUCUUAUGAUAAAAGAGGUCUGUCUAUCUCAUAUAACAAUGUGGCUACGAUGUAUACUGAACUGGGAGAUUACACAAAUGCAGCUCAUUACUAUGAGAAAGCUCUGGAAAAUCAGUUAGAACUAGGUCUAGGUGCUUUGAAGCAUCCUGAUAUUGCUAUCAUCUAUCACAAUCUGGCUACGUUGUACGACGAUAUGAAACAGCCUGAAAGAGCAAUUCAAUAUUAUGAAGAAGCAUUAACAAUUCAAAAAGUUUCGCUUCCGCCGGAACAUCCCGCUCGAAUAGUGACAGAAAGUGGGUUAGCUAUGGCCUAUCUCCAAAUGAAUAACAAUACUUUAGCAUUGCAGACGUGUCUAGCGGUACUCGAUUCUAAAUUAAAAAUACAUCCGCCAAAUUUUCCAUCGCUUUCAAAAACCUAUAUGAAUCUUGGAUAUAUUUAUCAGGAUUCAGGGGACUUUAACAAAGCCGAGGAACAAUAUAAGAUUGCACUGCAAAUUAAUGAGCGCCAUCUUCCUGCCAAUCAUCCACAAACCGGAAAAAAUCAUCAGUUAAUUGGUGAUCUGUAUGAUGAAAUGGGCAAGACAAAAGAAGCUCUAAAUCAUUAUCAACAAGCUCGUUAUAUAUUUCAGAUCCAAGACACACCGAGCUUCACAGAGUUGGGAAAAGCGUAUGUCAAUUUGGGGACAAUAGAAACAGUUUCAUCAAAAGCUAUUGACUACUUAGAACAAGGCUUGUCAACAUUGCUAAGAGUUGAUGUAAUAGAUAAGAGGGUAUUGGCUUUUGCCUAUGAUGCUCUUGGAACAAAACAUAGGGAAUGUGAUAACUUGGAAGAAGCACUUAAAAACCAUAAGAAGGCUCUUGAUCUUGGACUUGAAUUAGUCAAUUAUGAUGAAAACCAUCCGUCGCUUAGUAAUUAUUAUCAUGGUUUGGGUGCGACAUUUGCUGACCAAGGUAAUAUCGAGAAAGGACUAGAAUAUGUCCAAAAAGCACUCAAUAAUAUGCUCAAAAUACGAGAUCCUGAUCAUCCAAUUUUGGGCCCAAUAUACAAUACUUUAGGAGACUGCUAUAACGAACUUAAAAAACAUGAUCAAGCCAUUGAAUAUUACCAGAAAGCAAUUAAUGCGUACAAACAACCAAAUGCUCAAAAUCUUCGAUCUCUCGCCAUGGCAUAUGUAAGUAUGGGAUCCACUCAUUACGAUAUAAAUGAUCAGGAAAAAGCGAUUGAAUACUAUCGAAUGGCAUUAGAUUUACAGCUAAAAAAUCUCGAGCCAGAUGAUCCUGACUUAAUCGUGACUUAUUGGUAUUUAGCCUCAUACUACGAAGAUCGAGAAGAUUAUACAGCAGCAUUGACAUAUUUAAUUCCUAAAUUGACAAUUCAAGAAAAAGUACUUUCAUCAUUCGAUCUUGAACUUGCUGAUGCGUACCACGAUGUAGGUACAAUUUAUUUCUUCAACAAGCAAUAUCAAUGCGCAGUGGAAUUAUAUGAAAAAUCGCUCAAUAUUCGACGUCAACAGAAAAGUCGACUUGCAUCGGCUUACGAUGCGCUUGGCGAUGCUUACAAAAGCCUUUAUGAAUUUGAUGCAGCAUUAAAUAAUUAUGAAAUGGCCAUAAAACAUCUCAUUGAGGAAGGAGAGAAAGAAAAAAGUGACGAUUAUUACGAGGUUCUAUGCACAUUGUACAAAAGUGUAGGCACUAUGCAACAACGAUUAAACUUAUUAGACGAGGCUCAAAAGAGUUUACAACAAUCGUUAGCUUUGUGUGACACAUAUCUAAUCAAUAAUGAAGAACAUGAUGAACUACGAUGUAAUAUAUUAAAAUCUCUAGCCCAAAUUGACAAGACAACUCAAAAGAUUACGUCCAGAAGUUUAGUAUGCUCAAUUUAUUAA